UUACCGGAAGUUUAUCUCCUGUGAAAUAUGGCAGCGCUCAGCAAGCUCACGCCGCAGAGGUCUGCGAUCUUAACCGUAGCUGCAGUAGCUUCUUACUUUUUGUAUAAAAAAAUUGGUUUGAAACGAAAGAACAGAGCUGAAGAACCAGAAAUUAAAGUUGUUAUACAUGAGACUGGAGGUAAAAAAGAAAGAGCUGCAGUAGAUGUUGAUUUCUUCAAGAGGCUAUGGUCCUUACUAAAAAUUCUUAUACCAGGAUGGGUAACAAAAGAGGCGUUUUACAUGACUUUAGUAGCAGCGUCCCUGAUAGCCAGAACGUAUGCAGAUGUUUGGAUGAUACAGAACGGUACAUCUAUAGAAAGUGCUAUUAUUGGAAGAGAUAUGUCCUUAUUCAAAGUUCAUCUAUACAAAUUUAUCUACGCAAUGCCAUUGAUAUCAGUUGUAAACAACAUGCUGAAGUAUGGUUUAAAUGAGUUGAAGCUGAGAUUUAGAACAAACCUGUCUCAACACUUAUAUGAUAAAUACUUAAGGGGGUUUACCUACUAUAAAAUGAGUAAUUUAGAUAACAGAAUAUCUAAUGCUGAUCAGUUACUCACACAAGAUGUAGAAAAGUUCUGUGAUGCUGUUGGAGAGUUAUACUCUAAUCUGAGUAAGCCGUUACUGGAUGUAGGUUUAUACACAAUUAAGUUGACUGGCAGUAUUGGAGCACAGGGUCCAGCAACUAUGUUAGGAUAUUUAGCAGUUUCAGGACUUAUCUUAACAAGAUUACGGCGACCUAUUGGAAAGUUUACCAUGCAAGAACAAAAGUUAGAGGGAGAAUACAGAUAUGUUAAUACCAGAUUGAUAACUAACAGUGAAGAAAUAGCAUUCUACCAAGGGAACAAAAGAGAACAAACCAUUAUAUUAGCUACAUUUAGUAAAUUGGUACGACAUUUACGGAAUUUUAUAUCAUUUAGAAUGCAGAUGGGAUUUGUAGAUAAUAUUAUAGCAAAAUAUGUAGCAACUGUAUUUGGUUAUUUAGUAGUCAGUCGACCAUUUUUAGAUUUAGCAGAUCCACGGCAUUUAAACAGCACUUCAAGUGAGAGAUUAGAGGAUUAUUAUAAAAGUGGUAGAAUGUUAGUACGAAUGGCGGAGGCCAUCGGUAGAAUUGUUUUGGCUGGCAGAGAUAUGACUAGAUUGGCUGGGUUUACAGCCAGAAUUACACAAUUAAACACAGUUUUAGAUGAUUUAAACAAAGGACAAUAUGAAAGAACCAUGGUUUCUGAUCAGAGUGGACAAAAGAAAAAUAACAAAGUAUUUAAAGCAGGCAGUGGUAAAAUCAUCCCUCAGGAUCACAUAAUAAGAUUUGAGAAAGUACCAUUGGUCACUCCGAAUGGUGAUGUUUUAAUAGAAGAACUCGAUUUUGAGGUAAAAUCUGGUAUGAAUGUAUUGGUAUGUGGACCAAAUGGAUGUGGUAAAAGUUCAUUAUUUAGGACACUUGGUGAGUUAUGGCCAUUAUUUGGUGGCACAAUGACAAAGCCAGAAAAAGGGAAAUUAUUCUAUGUUCCUCAGAGGCCGUAUAUGACUGUGGGGACAUUGAGAGAUCAAGUUAUAUACCCUGAUAGCAGAGACAGCCAAUUAAAGAAAGGAAUAAGAGAUGUUCAGUUAGAAGAUAUUCUUAAAAAGGUACAGCUGGAGUACAUCCUGGAAAGAGAAGGGGGCUGGGAUUCUGUUCAGGAUUGGAUGGAUGUGUUGAGUGGUGGAGAGAAACAAAGAGUUGCAAUGGCCAGAUUACUUUACCAUAAGCCACAGUUCGCUAUCCUAGAUGAAUGCACGAGUGCGGUCAGUGUGGAUGUAGAAGGUUUUAUUUAUCAGUAUUGUAGAGAGGUUGGAAUAACAUUGUUUACAGUAUCACACAGAAAAUCAUUAUGGAAACAUCAUGAGUUUUACCUACAGAUGGAUGGUAGAGGAGCGUAUGAGUUCAAACCAAUUACAUCUGAUACCACAGAGUUUGGAUCUUGAUAAAGGCUUUAAUGAUAGGACUUUUAAAACUGAAAACAUUUUAUUUUAUUAAUAUGUAUAUACAACAACUUGUACAAAUUGUACUGCGAUGUAUAUAAUGUACACAUUGUUCAAUAACUUGUAAAACAUUUGAUGGGAUGUAUUUUGUAUAGAUCUUAUUCAAUGAACUGUUCAGAUUGUUCAAUUAACUUUAAUGUGAUGUAUUUAGUAUACACAUUGUUCCAUGAACUGUGCAAAUUGUACAGUGAUGUUUGUGUACACAUUGGGGAGAAGGGGGUAUCAACAUACUAAGUUUGGUACAGAAGUUUGGCUCUAUAGCUUAUUCAUAUAAUCAUGUAUGCACAGAACACAGUUUUUAAAGACAACUCAACAGAAGGUGAAUAGGUAUAACCCAUCUCAUUGAUGAAAUAUUAACCCAUUGAAAUAUAUGUAAAAAAAAUUAACUCUGUACCCCCUUUAUAUUGGGAGAGACUCUAUGUGAGGGUACAAAUUGUUCUAUUACUCUGUAUACAAUGUUUCAUUACUUGUACAAAUAGUGAUGUGAUGUAUAUUCUGUAUACAAUGUUUCAUUACUUGUACAAAUAGUGAUGUGAUGUAUAUUCUGUAUACAAUGUUUCAUUACUUGUACAAAUAGUGAUGUGAUGUAUAUUCUGUAUACAAUGUUUCAUUACU